UUUCCCUCUCUCUCUCUCAGCCCACUCCAUCAUCAGUAGUGGAGCAUCCCUGCUGUGGUUCACCUGCUGCCUCCAGCCCACCUGCUCUUCAUUGGUCAGUGUGAUAAACGCUGUGCUAAACGGUUGCACCACAGAGCCUUCACACAGAUCAGUGUUUGGAACCAAACACCAAAUCUCAGCAGGACAGAGCCGGACUCCCAAACACACACAUCUGGCUAUAAUACUGCUCACACUGCGAGAGGAGAUCUGGGACUUCAACUCCACCUGCACACUAGACACCAGAGCUGACCUGAGGAAUCACCACACCCACCCCUGGUGGAGGAUGGAGGAACCUUCGACUCUGACUCCCACUACGUGUUUAUGAGCAGUGAAGAUGGAAGCAUCCGGAUUAUCUCAAAGCCACGACCUCAACGAAACAGAGCUCAACCACACGCUGGACCAUGGCCACGGCCCCCACGUGCACCUGCCUCCCAGCAUGCAGCUGGGCACCAUGUCCAACCCUCAGUCGCGUCUGCGGGACCUGACCGGGCUGGUUGCGAUGGUGACGCUAAAUGCCAUUGCCCUCUUCGCCAACGCGGCGGUGCUGGCCGUGGUGUUAAAGGCGCCUCACCUGAGAAAGUUUGGCUUCGUGGGCCACCUGUGUGCAGUGGACCUGCUGUGCGCCGCCCUACUCAUGCCGCUGGCCAUCGUGUGCGGCUCGCCGAUCUUCGCGGGCGUCAUUUUCUCUGUCCUGGAGUGCCGCCUCUACGUCUUCCUCAACGCCUUCCUCAUCUCGGCCUCAAUCUUCACCGUAACGGUCAUCAGUGUGGAACGUUACUACUACAUUGUGCACCCCAUGCGCUAUGAGGCCAAGAUGACCCCAAGGGUGGCUGCGAUUGCCAUGGUGUUGGUGUGGGUGGCAGCUGCCAUCCUCGGGUUGGCCACCGUCUUUGGCUGGCCAGACUAUGGUCGCAGGAGUUCCAUCGCUGCUGUUCACUGCUCGCUGCACUGGAGCCACAGUGGUCACCGGAAGGUUUUUUCCAUCCUGUUCUGCGUGGUCUGCUUCUGCGUGCCAGCUGCUAUCAUCCUCGCUGUCUAUGGAAACGUGUACAAGGUAGCUCAUACAGCUGCCAGGCAGAGAGGGCCCCUCCCCAGCUGGGUCAUCGCAACGCCCCGUCCCAAAAGACGAUCUGACUCCGUCAACAGCCAGACCACCAUCAUCACCACCAGCUCAAGCGCCAGGAGGGGUGUCCACGCCCACCGCCGCCCCAGGAGGACACUGGUGGGGGGUAAAGCAGCCCUCACCCUGGCCGUCAUCGUGGGGCAGUUUGUGCUCUGCUGGCUCCCCUAUUUCGCCUUCCACCUGCACCUGUCCCUGGGCUUUUCCCACAGCACCUCAGACGAGGCCGAGGGUCCGGUGACCUGGCUGGCGUACUCCUCCUUUGCCGCCAAUCCCUUUUUCUACGGUUUGCUGAACCGUCAGAUCCGGGAGGAGCUGUGUAAAAUUAUAUGCUGCUGCCGUUCUCCGGGCAGACCGGUGCGACCCCCGGCAGCCUCCGGACACGACCCCUCAGCUCACGAGGACUUUCUGCACUUCCUAAAUCGAAGCACCUCUGCAGACGUGACCAGGAGCAGUUUACACACGACGACCCCCAGGACCACGCUGGACCAAACCAGCUUCAGGAUACCAGGACAAAUCCCAGAGGAGGUCACUUAAACUGUGAUUAAACUGAUUCAAAUUAAAAGUGUUCACACUGGAUUCAGAACUAAAGAGUUCAAAUCAGGUUUGAAUGAGAAUGACACUCUGCUAAUAUCGUCAAACUUGUUUUUAGGUUAGACCUUUGAAGAGGUCAGGCUAAAUAUUUUCUUUUUAAAAUAAAGAAAUAAAGAAGAAUGGACUUGUUUUUAAAACAAGUCCAUUAUUUUAAUGUGGUUAUAAAGUCAUGCUUGAUAAAAAAAAAACCUUGGCUUUUUUCCAGAGAAAUCCAGUGAAUGUGAAAAGAAUUUGUUGGUUCAUACUUGAAGAAAAGAUAUAUAAACUUGUGUUGACCUUAUAUUUAUGAUAUUUAUAAUCUUCUUCUGGAACAAAAAUGGAAAAGAAGAAAUUUCAAAAAAAUUUGAUUACAUGAAGAAUUUUCUCCAUUGGAUCGGUCGUGUCUAUAAAUACGUUAGAGUGUAACAACUUGUUAAAAUAAUAGAGAAAAUCCUGAAGUUUCCCAAAGACCUUUUGUAGAAAUGGUUCAACCUGGAUCUAAAAUGUUCUAUUUUCUAAUUUUCUAGUAAAGUUUUGAAGUUAUUAAAGACAACAGGCAUUCAUCUGAUAUCUGAAAAAUACUUCAGAUAUCAGAAAGGCAGUUUAAACACAAGCUUAAAUACUCAGGGCUUUUUUUUUCAAUAUCAGGAGUUACAGCUUGAGGGAAAAAUGACUUCUCCUCUCCAAAAAGUGGUCAAAUUACAUUUAUUUUGUUAUUAAUUUAAGUUAUCCAAUCUGGAUCGCUCAAGUUAAAUUCUCAAAUGUUCUAAUCAGAUUUAGGUCUGACUGUAACUCUGUGUUCAGAAUCUGUAAUUAUGAAACUGGGUUCAGUUUUAAAAUGUUAAUUGGGCUAAAAUUUGGGUUUAAAUCUGUAACAAAUGCAAUUGUUUAAAUCAGGUUUUAAUCUGAAAUGUUGAAACUAGUUUCAAAACUGAAAAGUUCAAAUCGAAAUCAAAUCCAAAAUUUCAAAUUCGGUUUCAAUCUGAAAUGUUUAAACUGGUAUCAAAACUGAAAAGUUCAAAUCAAAACCAAAUUCAAAAUGUUUUAAUUUUUUUAUACAAUUAAAAUUUGUUAUGUCCAAAUGAAAAAUGUUUAAAUCAAGUUUUAAUUGCAAAAAAAAAUCGAAUUUAAAAGUCUAAUCAGAUUUAUUUGGAAAAUUUAAAUAAAUAAUUUCAAAAUGUGUUUAUUUUUUGAAAGCUUUUUAGCCUCAAAGACCAUCACUAUUACUGGAUGAAUUUGUGCAUAAUGCACACAGGUGCUGUAAUGAGUUAAAUUGAUGGAUUUGAUUUAUUAAAAAAAAAUAUUGUUAAAAAUUCAGAUAUAUUUUAAAAUAAAUGACCUUAAAUUUUAAAGCACUACAAAAUAAAAUAACCUAUUUUGGGAGGAGUUUUGCUGUUUUUUUAGGUUAUAUUCAGAGUGAAUUUAAGAAAAUAUUCAGAGAGUUAAAUGUGUGACUGUGUUUAGGAGCAUGCCUUCACUGAUCGCCUUAACAAACAUCUGACUGAUGGUUCAGCCCACCUGUAUCCCUUUAAAAUUCAUCCACUUUUCUUAUUUAUUUAAAUGUGUAACAUCUAUUCUGAAGUUUAUCAGUGAUAUGGUUUGAUUUUUACACAACGGCACAAUAAGUAUUUGUAUAUUGUUUUAUAUCGUCAUACAAAAACCUUAUAUCUCCAAAUGAAAAAAAAAACAUAACCUUCCUAUUUUUCAGAAAACAAAAAGGUAAAAAUAUUAAAUUCAUUUUGGAGCAUUUUUAAAACAGCAACAAUGGAGAUACAAAAUUUUGCGUGACAUUAUUAUUAUGAUGUUUAGACAACUUAAAUACUAUUUUAACUAUUUACACUUUUUCUAUCGGACGUUUGACUUCUUUGUACAUAAUAGAGUCUGUAUUUAUUUUGUGUAAAAGGAUAUUUAUUUGGAAAAGCUUUUGUCGCCUGUUUCUGGCAUGUCUUCUGCUCCUUCACAUAUAUUACUUUUGCUACAGUUUACAGUUUUUGCAACAAUCAACUCUGAAAUGAAGCUACGCCCUCCUGUUUCACUGCUGAAUAAAAAACCCUG